ACUUCGUAGCCGUUGGACGGAAACUUUUUUUUAGUUAGUUUCCGGUCUAUAGAGCAUGCUGUUUUGCUGUCUAAUUUUCGAACCAGUUUGCUGUCCAGGUUCUGCGUUCUGCCGUAGGCGCCCACCGCAGUUUUGUCCGUUUUGUCACUUUCAUUCUAUCGUUAGUUCUAUAAGGCUUCAAGCUUUAAAAAGCCGCCGUCAAACGCAACAUGUGCGCCUUGUUAUCGCGGAAACCGUCGACAUGAAGUAAUUUUCUACGAACCAUUGAUUGGGGUGUGCUGCUUUGAGCAUUCAACAACAAAAAAAAGACCCCGGACGCUUUGGCAGCACAGGGUGGUUGACAGCCUUUGCAUCAUGCCGUGGACGACACAGGCUGCCACUGUCCAGUACGAAGAAGAUAUAUGGAUCGAAGAAGAGGACAACACUCCGGUGGUGCAGUGUUCAUACGAUGCGGACCAACGAGGACAGAACCGCGAAAGGACUUUUGGCCGGGGAAGGUCGAGGCCCGGCUGGGACAACCAGCCCAGGCGCUCUGACCAAAGCAGCAACUGGAGGGACAGUGCGGGGAUUGGGCGGGGAAGGUCAAGGCAGUCAUCCGGCGGUGGCGGCGGUGGUGGCGGCGAUGACUCUGACGUUAUGGUGGUGCCUGCCAAGGACGUUGGCAAGAUCAUCGGCAAGGGUGGCUCCAAGAUCCGGGAGCUGCAGGACUCGAGCGGCGCUCGGAUCCACAUCCUGAGGGACGACGAAGACGACUCCGGGCGUUCGGACGAGGCCAAGAUCCGCCUGACGGGCCCUUCGGAAAUCCGGCACAAGGCACAGAUGCUGAUCGAGGAGCUCAUCUACCCACCGGGCAUUGGAUCCCGUUUCUGCAAGAGGGACGGAGAGCCCGGCGAGGAGCAGCCGAUGCCGUUCAUCGACUGGGCCAAGCUGAUUGCGGACAGCGACCAAGAGCGCGAGAGGAAAUGGAACUCUCUCCCACCGAUCAUCAAGAACUUCUACAUAGAGGAUCCCGAAGUUGCCGCCAUGAGUCCGGAGCAGGUGGCUGCGUUCAGGCUGAAGAACAACAACAUUGUCGUGAACCGACUAGACGAGAAGGAGGGCAGCGCGCCGGUCCCCACCAACCCCGUGGCCACGUUUGAGCAAGCCUUUGCACACUACCCUGAAAUUAUGAAUGAAAUCUACAAAAACAAGUUUGAGAAACCUUCUCCCAUCCAGAGCCAAGCGUGGCCCCUGCUCUUGCAAGGGCAUGACCUCAUUGGGAUCGCCCAGACAGGCACGGGCAAGACCCUGGCCUUCCUGCUUCCCGCCAUGAUCCACAUCGAUAGCCAGCCAGUGUGA